CCUCGUGAGCUCUCACGCCUUGAACAUCCUCUCAAGUCCUGUCAGGAGGUCCCACCUUUUGCCCGCCAUACAGGUCUAGCCUAGCCACCUUGUCAGACCUGACUUGCCUCCGCUUCGGCCCUCGUCGGCGUCAGCCUCCACUAUCAGCAUGGCGACCGGCGUCGAGGCCGCAGGCCUCGUCCUAGGCUCUAUUCCUCUGAUUCUCGCAGGACUAGAGUUCUACGGGAAAGGUAUCGCUGUGACCAGACGCUAUCUUCGGUAUCGAGAGGGCCUCAAGAGCGUCGCCACCGAGCUUAGCGCUGAACACGCCAAGUACAAGAACACCAUCAACCUACUCCUGAUAGGUGUCGUGAAGCCACAGGAGCUGGCUGAGUUUCUGGCGGAUCCAUGCGGUGCUCGUUGGAAGGAAGAGAAGUUUGAGCGGAACUUGAAGCGCCGGCUCGGCACUAGUUACGACUCCUACAUGGGAACUAUCUGUGAGUUGAGGAGAACGGCGGAGGCGUUCAAGCAGAAGCUGAAAUUGGACUCUUCGGGGAAGCCCCAAUUUACCGACGAGCAGACGUUCAAGAAGUACUAUAAACGACUGGAGUUUAGCCUCCGAAAGAGUGACUACGACGACUUGAUGGCUUCGCUGCGUCGCGCGAACUCCUCGCUCGAUCAAUUGACCACCCAAUGCCGCUCGCUCGAGACGCUGCAGGCCUCAUCUAAGCCAGACCACCAGUCGGUUCCAAAUUUUAAAGUGAUCAACGACCGUGCCCAGGGCUUCCACUCAGCUCUGGCUACUAGCUGGAACUGCCCCUGUCACGCGAACCACAGCGUUAGCCUUCGCCUUGAGCCUCGCAUGGAGGAUGUCCAGAGCAAGGACGACGCCGAUGAGGGUGAGGAGUCAAUGCGAGAUCCUUUCCACGUGGUUUUCCGCUACAGCCACGAUAUCCUCGCGAAGUCUGGCGGUUCCGCUGCGACCAGGAACCCCUGGGCGUGGGAGGAGGCUGAUGUACGGAUCACUAUCGAGCGCAAAAGCCAGAUAGCGACCGCAUCAGCUACGGGCAGUGUCGGCUGCGGAAAGACAGUGCGCUUUGAAAGCCACGCAAAGAGCGCCGUUAAAGCAGCUCUAGACGUCACUCCAAACUUGCAGCCAAUCCAGGACCUCUGUGCUGCGAUUGGCACCUUGCAGAAACCACAACGGGAUGUAUGCCUAUCUCUUUUGGCGAACGAGUAUGCCAAGCAGAAAUAUGGCAUACUCAUUUAUCCAUCGAAAGAGCCGCCCGCGGAUACCGAUGCGUGGUCGAUAUCUUCGCUUCGAAGCGUGUUAGAAGAUUCAGGUUUUGCUCGUCGCCAUCGUCUUAAGUUAGCUGUAACCCUCUCCUCUAGCGUGCUACAGCUGCAUGAGACGCCGUGGCUUGAUGAGAAUUGGGGAAAAGACGAUAUACUUUUCAUCAAACGUUCGGGAAAGACCGCGUAUGACCAUCCGUUCGUCUCUCAGGGUUUCGAUCAUGGCCAGCGCUCGUCCCAUACCGCCCCUACAUCGAUGCGCAGCAUAAUUCGAAAUCAGACCCUCUACGCGUUAGGUGUCUGUCUUAUCGAGCUUUGGUACGGCAAGCCUAUGUCUGGCCUCCAUAUGCCGGGGGAUGGCCCGUCAGACGAUCCGAUGACAGAGUGGAGAAUGGCUGAUCGGCUCGUCGAAGAACUCUACGACGAGGCUGGAGAUUGGUAUGGCGAUGCGGUUCGGCGCUGCAUUCGUUGUAAUUUCGACCGACGUGGCAGUAGCUUGGACGACGUGGGUUUUCAGAAAGAUGUCUACCAAGGGGUCGUAACUCAGCUCAAGGAAAACGUCGAUUCCAUGUUCAAACCCAUAGGGGAAUGAAUCCCUUCAGGAUACAGCGACCUAAUUCGCUGUUUCUAGCCCAGGGUGCCAAGUGUUUCGACUCUGUAUCGUACAAAAGUCAACCAUGCUUUCCUAUCAGCAGCCAGAUGCAUUGAGG